AUGCGCAUGCUCUGGCCCGUCCUCACCGCUCCCGGCAUCUGUUUCGUAAGAUGCACUCAAGCGCUGAUCGAUAACGAACCGGCAAAUGUUGCUACUAUCAGCUCAAGCGCGAUUCCACAACCUGACAAGAACUCAUCUGAUCUGGACAGUUCUGUGGAGUCGUACAGCUCAGCUGUGUACACAUCCGCGUCCGGUGGUCAACGUAUGGAGUCGAAUGGUCCGAUUGUAGACGAGAUCGGCCAUGGAGACAACGAGCAGGAGCAGCGGUUUGCUCCUAUGGACCUCGUGUCAUCUUUGCCCGCGUCAGUAAUUCGAGCCAAGAACUUCGUGAUGACGCGGCUUCACCACGACCGCAAUACGAAUGAGUUAAAACGUCUUGUUUUUCAUAAGGAAAAUCACCUUGACGCAGUGAAAUUCGCAAGCUGGCUGUCAAAUUCCCGCCGUAAUGUGAAUAGUGAAAAAGUGGUUCGCUACUAUCGUCGUGUCAUUGAUGUAUUGGCGCUCUACCACCAGCCAAAGGAGGUGGUAGAGGUACUGAACAUUCUACAAAAGGACCAUCUAUAUAAUUCCGAGAUUAAUAUGCUAUUCGCAGCAUUACUUUCGCGCUACCCUGAUGAACAAAAUAUGAUAUUAAAGGCGUGGGUGAUUCCGAAGGGGACGCCUGGCCGAUUCCGCGAGCUCUCGAAAUUGGAACCGAAGGACAUGCAUGUUGUAUCGUACCUGCAAUCAAGGGCACCAGAUACAAGGGACUGGGUGAGAACGAGCGCACGGACAAUGCGCAUAUCACCGAAACCGAGGCAAAACGUUCCUACGGAGACGAAAGUCCAGUUGCCAUAA